AUGGCCCAGCAAGGCAGCUCUGGCGGUGACAUCGAGCGCGGAGAUGCCCCCAGGCGGGUCUCCGAAGCUCCCUCGAGGCGUAUCUCCCGAGCAUCUAUCAAGGAGGACUGGGGCCAACUCGACGAGUAUGGCAAACUUGUCAAGUAUGUCUCAACCUACCGCGACGCGGGUGAAGGAGAUGGACACGCGGCCGACGAGGAGGAAAUAGAGAAAAGGGUUUGGUACGCUCCUUGGAAGACGCGAAAGCUGCUUGUCAGGAAGACGGGUGAUAAUGCGGGCCAGUUUCCUGAAGAAUGGCGUAUUACGGAUAUUCGGGAGGGCUUGCCUAGUAGUGAAGUCCCGAAUCGACGUCGGCGAUCGGGAUGGAACGAGUUGACUUCUGAGAAGCCGAAUCCGAUUGCUCAGAUUCUAUCCUACUUCAGGGGUCCUAUUCUUUAUGUCAUGGAACUGGCCGUUCUGCUUGCUGGUGGUUUGGAGGACUGGGUUGACUUUGGUGUGAUUAUCGGUAUCUUGUGUCUGAACGCUGCUGUUGGUUGGUACCAAGAGAAGCAAGCUGCAGACGUCGUUGCCAGUCUUAAGGGAGAUAUUGCUAUGCGGUCAUUGGCUAUCCGUGACGGCAACGAACAGGAAAUCCUUGCUCGAGAGCUCGUCCCUGGUGAUGUGAUCGUCAUCGGUGAAGGUCAGGUUGUUCCCGCAGACUCCAAGGUUAUUUGCGACUACAAGGAUUCAAAUGGCUGGGAAGAAUUCCGCGCGCUGCAAGAACGUGGUGAACUCGAAGAAAGCAGCUCUGGCUCUGAGGAGGAAGAAAACAAAGAGGGCAAAGAGGCCGAUGGAGAUGAAGAAAAGAAAGAACAGGAGCAACAGAAGGCCAAGAAGCGAGGUUACCCCAUUUUGGCUUGCGACCAUUCUGCCAUUACUGGAGAGUCUCUUGCUGUUGAUCGUUAUAUGGGAGAGACUGUUUUCUACACGACUGGUUGCAAACGCGGCAAGGCUUACGCAGUUGUCCAGACUACCGCGAAAUACUCCUUCGUCGGGCGUACAGCCACCAUGGUCCAAUCGGCUCAGGGUGCUGGUCAUUUCGAACUUGUCAUGGACAACAUCGGUACUUCCCUUUUGAUUCUGGUUAUGGCCUGGAUUCUCGCUGCGUGGAUUGGUGGUUUCUUCCGUGGUCUACCGAUUGCUUCACCUCGUCAGCAAACGCUCCUGCACUACACUUUGGCUUUGCUGAUUGUCGGUGUUCCUGUCGGUUUGCCUGUCGUGACAACUACCACCAUGGCUGUUGGAGCAGCUUAUCUGGCUAAGAAGAAAGCUAUCGUGCAGAAGCUUACUGCAAUUGAGUCUUUAGCGGGUGUCGAUAUCCUAUGCUCCGAUAAGACCGGUACACUUACGGCAAACAAGCUGAGCAUUCGCGACCCAUAUGUGUCCGAGGGCGUUGAUGUCAACUGGAUGUUCGCCGUGGCUGCUCUGGCAUCCUCGCAUAACAUUGAAUCGCUCGAUCCCAUCGAUAAGGUCACUAUCCUCACACUGAGACGCUAUCCAGGUGCUAGGGAAAUCCUCCGCAGGGGAUGGCAAACAGAAAAGUUUACCCCAUUCGACCCGGUCUCCAAGCGUAUCGUGACCAUCGCCACAUGUGACGGAGUCAGAUAUACAUGCACCAAGGGUGCUCCAAAGGCGGUUUUGCAACUAACAAACUGCUCCCCUGAAACAGCGAAUGCCUAUAAGAAGAUGUCUACUGAAUUCGCGCGUCGUGGUUUCCGUUCUCUGGGUGUCGCAGUUCAGAGAGAAGGCGAAGAGUGGACUCUUCUCGGUAUGCUUCCCAUGUUUGAUCCGCCUCGCGAGGAUACGGCGCAGACGAUCCACGAAGCUCAGAACCUAGGUAUCAGUGUAAAAAUGCUUACUGGUGAUGCUCUUGCUAUUGCCAAGGAAACUUGCAAGAUGCUGGCGCUCGGAACUAAAGUGUAUAAUUCGGAUAAGCUGAUCCAUGGAGGUCUCAGCGGUGCCAUGGCAGGUGAUUUGGUUGAAAAGGCAGAUGGAUUCGCGGAAGUGUUCCCAGAGCAUAAGUAUCAGGUCGUUGGCAUGCUCCAGGAACGUGGCCAUUUGACUGCAAUGACUGGAGAUGGUGUUAACGAUGCGCCGUCAUUGAAGAAAGCUGAUUGCGGUAUCGCAGUCGAAGGAGCUUCUGAGGCAGCCCAGUCUGCUUCGGACAUUGUCUUUUUGGAACCUGGUCUAUCGACAAUCAUUGACUCGAUCAAGGUCGCUCGACAGAUUUUCCACCGCAUGAAAGCCUAUAUUCAAUACCGAAUUGCCCUUUGCUUGCAUUUGGAGAUUUACCUGGUCACAUCCAUGAUCAUUCUGAAUGAAAACAUCCGUGUCGAGCUGAUCGUCUUCCUGGCCCUCUUCGCCGAUCUUGCAACUGUUGCAGUAGCCUAUGACCAUGCAUCGUUCGAACUACGACCCGUCCAAUGGCAACUUCCAAAGAUUUGGUUCAUCUCCGUCCUCCUCGGUAUACUGCUCGCACUGGGAACAUGGGUGGUCCGCGGUACCAUGUUCCUGCCCAACGGCGGUAUCAUCCAAAACUGGGGUUCCAUCCAAGAAGUCCUCUUCCUCGAAGUUGCGCUCACAGAGAACUGGCUGAUCUUCGUCACGCGAGGGGCAGACACAUGGCCGUCAAUCCACCUCAUCGCCGCCAUUCUGGGCGUCGACGCACUGGCCACCAUCUUCUGUUUGUUCGGUUGGUUCAGUAACGAAACCAUGCCUACCAACCCGCCAACGUCAUUCGUCGAGACCAGAAAUGGAUGGACUGAUAUAGUCACUGUCGUCCGUGUUUGGGGCUACUCAAUCGGCGUGGAAAUCGUCAUCGCAUUAGUGUACUUCAUGCUGAACAAGUUCAAGUGGCUCGAUGACUUGGGCCGGAAAAAGCGCGACAAGGGUGAUCUGUGGAUUGAGAAUUUGCUCGCUCAUCUGUCGCGUCUUACAAUCGAGUACGACAGAGAGGGAGAGCCCAAGGGACGGUAUUAUCUUGCUGCGACCAAGGAAGAGGAAGAGAUGGAGUAA